AUGUCUAGUGAGACUGGCUAUCAUUUUAAAGCAAUAAGUUGUGAAUCGUGUAAAUCGUUUUUCCGAAGGAAUGCAUUGAGAAAUGCCGAUUCAUUCAAUUGCUAUUUGGGAGGUAAUUGUUCAAUAAAUGUCGAAACCAGAAAGUGGUGUAAAAAGUGUCGUUUGGAUAAAUGUUUGGCCGUCGGAAUGAAAACGAAACUAAUAUUUACUGACAAACAAAAUGAAGUCCGGAAACGGAUUGUCGAGGAAAACCGAGAGAACAAACGGAAGGUUAUGGACAAGAGUAGAGACGACUCUGUGCUCAACUCGACUACCAGUCCACCACCAGAUGUAUUGAAUAUGGAGAUAAAUAUUUCACCGGAAUUGUCAGACAGUACUAGUCUGUUUAUUGACAGUAAUGAAUUGAUUUCAAAUGAAAUUAUACCAAUCGUGAGGCCGAUCACCGAUCAUAGGAAUCAGUUCAAUGAAUUGGAAAGUAAUAGAUUGAGUGAACUAUUGGGUGCCCUAAAGUGCAAAUCCACUGAUCAGUAUUUAUACCAUAAGAAGUUUUUGCAGAAUAUGGGACUCGAUUACGAUUCUGACACCAUUAUCAUUGAAUUGCUAUUGUACUCUUUAACCCAAACCGACCAAAUCUAA